AUGGAUCAGGAAGAAAAGGUCGCUCCUCGCGUCCGUUUCGGAGAGCUACGCCUUCCGGACGAAGAGGAUGGAUACGCGACCCACGAGCGUCGCCAUGAGCGCAAUCUAUCACGACGAUCAAGUGUGGGCAGCCUUUCCAUUCGCAGUGCCGGAGGAGCGCGCACUGUACAGCCAGAGACUGCACUCCCCAUCACCUAUCGUACUCUUUCCAUCGAGAUCGACGAGGAUCAACACAAGAAGCAGGAUGAGGUGAAGAGAGCGAAGGAGAAAGCCGCCGUUGACCUGGCAGACCUCGAAUGGCAUACACUUGCCGUUCAUGAGCUGUGUCGCCGCCUCUCCGUCGACAUCGACCAGGGCCUUUCUGACGAUCAGGCCAAGCGUCGCAUUAGCGAACACGGCCAGAACAAGAUGACACCUCCCCCAUCAGGGCUACUCAAGAAGAUAAUAGGCUACUUCUUUGGUGGUUUUGGUAGCAUCCUUGUGGUUGCUGGCAUACUGGUGUUCGUCGCAUGGAAGCCUCUUGGUAAACCGCCAGCGGUUGCAAACCUGGCGCUUGCUUGUGUACUGAUCGCUGUUUGGCUCAUCCAGGCUGCCUUCAACGCAUGGCAGGACUGGUCAACCAGCAGAGUGAUGGCAUCCAUUGGAACGAUGCUGCCUGAUCAGUGCAUUGUCGUACGCAACGGAUCGCACGUUAGCAUCUCGGCCUUGGAUCUAGUGCCUGGCGACAUUAUCGUUAUCAAGCAGGGUAACAAGCUACCCGCCGAUGUUCGUUUCGUCGAUAUAUCCAGCGAUUCCAUGUUCGAUCGCGCAAUCCUUACUGGCGAGUCCGAGCCCGUCGCAGCUACCAUCGAAGCAACCGAAGACAACUAUCUCGAGACCAACAACAUCGGAUUACAAGGCACCCAUUGCAUCUCGGGCGCCUGUCUUGGCGUGUGCGUUGCAACUGGCGACAACACUAUCUUCGGUCGUAUCGCAAAGCUUACCUCGGAUCCCAAGACUGGCAUGACACCUCUUCAGAAGGAGAUCCUACGAUUUGUGCUCAUCAUCUCACUCUUCAUCACAUGCGUCGUUAUUCUCAUCGUGGUUCUUUGGGCUGCAUGGCUGAGGAAAUCUCAUCCUACUUGGAUUGACGUACCCCUUCUUAUCGUCAGUUGCGUCUCGUGCGCUGUUGCAUUCAUCCCCGAAGGCUUGCCGAUCGCACUUACCACGAGCUUGACCAUCGUCGCGAACAUCAUGCGCAAGAACAAGAUCCUUUGCAAGUCCCUCAAGACCGUUGAGACACUUGGUUCCGUUUCGGUGAUCUGUUCCGACAAGACCGGAACGUUGACCAAGAAUAAAAUGGUCGUCACGGACAUUUAUGCAGCAGGCGAAGAGUACACUACGGAUGCGGCGCGUGAUAUGAUGGCAGUCUUUCGUUCGGAACAGAAUCUCUCCGUGCUCUCCAAGACCAAGACAAACAUCAUGGAUCAAGUCCGCAUGCUCGGUGGUCUCUGCAACUCCGGUGAAUUUGAUGCCGCUACUAUGCAUCUUCCCAUUGCGGAGCGCAAGAUUAAUGGCGAUGCCACUGAUCAGGCUAUACUUCGACUUUCCGAGUCUCUUGGGUCAGUGGCCGAGUUGCGUCGCGAUUGGAAGAAGGUCUUCGAAAUUGCCUUCAACAGCAAGAACAAGUUCAUGGUCCGCUUGAUGACACCGGCGAACCAGACACCGACGAGCAACAAUGCCACUCUCAUGAUCAAGGGAGCUCCCGACAUCCUCCUACCUCGAUGCGAUCUCAUCCUGAACGAGAAGGGUGAAGAGAUACCGCUUACCGACGCACAACGCCUUCGAAUCGACACCGUGAAAGACAGCUGGUCUCGCCAGGGAAAGCGCGUCAUACUGCUCGCUCGCAAGCCGACUAUCGUACCGUUCUCCGCCAACCAUGAGAAGGAAGUAUUGGUUGCAGCCCGGGAAGGCCUUACGUUUGUCGGCAUCGUAGGCAUCGUCGAUCCACCCCGUGAUGAGAUUCCAGACGUCGUUCGUAUUCUUCGGGGAGCUUCUAUCCGCAUCUUCAUGGUCACUGGUGACUUCAAGCUCACGGCUCAGGCCAUCGCUGAAGAGUGUGGCAUCAUCUCGAACUCUGCUUUGGUCGACGAUAUCAGCGCACUUGGCCGCGAAGGCAAGAUCGGGACUACGAAGCAGUCAAUCGUGUUGAGUGGGCCCGAACUGAUUACAUUGAACGCGGCGCAAUGGGACCAGCUUUGCCAGUACCAAGAAAUUGUGUUCGCUAGGACGACGCCUGAGCAGAAGCUUCGUAUCGUUAAGGAGUUCCAGGCCCACGACAACAUUGUCGGUAUGACAGGUGAUGGUGUCAACGAUGCGCCAUCGCUCAAGGCUGCCGACAUUGGAAUCGCUAUGGGCAGUGGCUCCGAUAUUGCCAUCGAAGCUGCCGACAUGGUUCUUCUCGAUUCGUUCGCCGCCAUCAUUGAGGCUGUUCAGUACGGUCGACUGGUCUACGACAACUUGAAGAAGACCAUCGUGUACUUGCUUCCCGCUGGUAGCUUCAGUGAGCUGUGGCCCGUCGUUACCAACGUUGCAUUCGGUAUUCCGCAGAUCCUGUCUUCCUUCCUUAUGAUCAUAAUCUGCUGUCUUACCGACUGUGCCGCCGCGAUCACGCUUGCUUAUGAGAAGCCAGAGGCCGAUGUGAUGCUUCGCCCUCCUCGUAACCCUAAGAAGGACAGGCUAGUCAACGCUCGGCUCAUCUUCCAUGCCUACUUCGUUGUCGGUCUACUGCAGUGCUUCCUCGCCUUCACCAUGAGCUUCUGGUGGAUGCAGCGCAGAGGAGUUCCGUUCACGGCAAUGUGGUUGAAGUUUGGUGUUUACGAUCCUCAAUACGACCCGGAAUUCGUUACCGAAGUCGCCAACGAAGCUUCGAGUAUCUACUUCGUCACGCUAGUGAUCAUGCAACUGUUCAACCUACUUGCUACUCGCACCCGUAGACUCAGCAUCUUCCAGCAACCGCCUAUCUUCAACAAGGCUACUCAGAACUGGUCGCUCUUCCCUGCAAUGAUCUUCGCCAUCGUUGUGGUCUUCAUUUUCUGUUACAUUCCAGCCCUCCAAGACACGAUCGACACCAGGACUGUCUCGGUUGAGCACUGGUUCCUUCCGGCUGCUUUCGGUAUGGGCUUGCUCGUCCUCGAUGAGUCAAGGAAGUACUGUGUGCGCACUUGGCCCAACGGCUUACUCGCCAAGAUUGCUUGGUGA